CGGGCCGGCGGGGCAGAGGCGGGGCGAGGGCGGUGUUUCUCCGGGCCGCGGCGCUGCGAGGGGCGGAGCGGGGGCCGCCGCCAUGGCCAGGCACGUUUUCCUCACGGGACCCCCAGGGAUUGGAAAGACUACUUUGAUCCAGAAAGUCACUCAGGCACUAAGAUCCUCAGACGUUCCCGUUGAUGGAUUUUACACAGAGGAAGUUAAAGAAGGUGGCAGAAGAAGAGGAUUUGAUGUUGUCACUUUAUCUGGAAAACGAGGUCCUUUAUCUAGAGUCAGUUCUGAUUCUUCUGCUUCAAGACGUGAAUACCGAGUUGGACAGUAUGUUGUAGACCUUGUUUCAUUUGAGCAGUUGGUUCUACCUGUGCUGAGAAACGUAAACCAUGGCAGCGAUACAGAGAAAAAGAUCUGCGUCAUAGACGAGAUUGGUAAAAUGGAGCUCUUCAGCCAGGCUUUUAUCCGAGCUGUUCGGGAAACGCUGACCGACCCUGGCACCGUGGUACUUGGAACGAUUCCAGUACCGAAGGGAAAGCCACUGGAUCUUGUUGAAGAAAUAAGAAGUAGGAAAGAUGUUAAAGUGUUCAACGUUAGUAAAGAAAACAGAAACAACAUUUUGCAAGACAUCUUGGCAGCUGUGGAGUCCUGCAGAAAAUGAAGACCUUUUCUUGUCUGUAAACACUAAAGCCUUUAUUUUUACAAAACAUAAUGCUUUGUGGAUAUUUAAUCUGCUCUUCCUGCUGAAGCUCCUGGAGGCUUUACUAGAGCUUCCAGGGUAAGCAAGGUAAAGCUGGUAAUAUUCUAAACUGUGCAAACAAGAUGGAAGGGUUCUUGUUCAUCCAGGUCAUGAGCUGAUCCAUUCAAAACUUCGAGAGAUCCAUAGUUAACAUGAAAAUCCGGCCUGGGUAUUUGAAAGUUAGGUGGUUUGACUCUGAUCCUAGUUACACCAUGUAAAAGCAAUUAGCUGCCAAAUCUGACGGAGAUCUGAGUCCUUCAGAGUGGUGAGGACUGUUCUGGCCAGUGAGCAGUUUGGGGUCUGUAACAUCCCAUGCAGUAAUGUGUGUUGAGGAACCAACAAGCCUGGCUUGUGUAUAAAUAAAUACCUUUGCUAACUUUGACCUGGUUGAGGUGUGUUAAAGUUUCACCAGGGGUGCUGACAGUCCAUGAGGUGGAAGGAGUAAGUGGAUUCCUGCCCUCUAUCCUCCAGGCACCUCUCUCCUCAACUGCAUGGUAAGAAGGGUUAUAGAGAAUUCCAUGGACAUUUCCUGUAAUCCCAAACAAUACAGAAUUCCACUUCAGGAAACAUAACCAGCUAUACCCUUUCUUAAGUGGCCCAGACAGUAGCUAGGAGGGCUGCCUUUUGGGUUAAUUUCAAAGUUUCAGAUGGUGACCUUACUUCACACCCCUUAAAGAAAAUCUUUAGGUUCAUGGAGCUGAAUCAAAUCUUGACAUAUGUUUUUCAUGCAGAGUUUAUGAGCUCAGGAUUGACUUAAUUCUGCAUUUGUCUAUUGGUUUUUACAAGCCAUUAUGUUUACUGAUACUUUUUUUUGCUUGUUUUUUUUUUUUCCUUAUUCAAUUCUAUACACACUUAAUAGUUGUGAUAUAAGAAGUGUGUGAGAGUAUUAGACAAUGUCUUUUUCCUCUGCGGUUUGCAAAUGUGUUAGGAAAAAGUACUUGCACAUAAUCAGUUUUGCAUGUUAUGAAAACAGAAUUCCCUCCCAGGUGCACUCCUGUUCCUUGUACAAUUUAUAGUCAUCUCUGGCUGUAAGAUGUUAAGACCUCAGUUGUUCCUUAACUUUUUUCUGGUAAGUUCAACAACUGUUAAAGUGAGCAAACUAAAGGCUUUUUCAAACAUUGA